GGGGAGGCGGCCGAGCGCGAGGCUGCGGAGCCCGUCGCCUCUGCUCCGCCCCUCUACCCCCUCCGCCCCCUCCGUCGCGGGUGCCGCCAAGGCCCUGAGGGAGGGAGUCGCGUCCCCGCUGGCCGCGCGGCCAGUCCCACCCUCGGUCUCGCCGCGUGAGGAGCCGCCCAGCGGAGCUCUGCGCGGGGACUCGAGCCGCGGCCGCCCCUCUGCAGGUGCCUGUGAGGAGGCUCCCGGCCGCAGCCACGUCCAGAGCCCUCCGGCCACGCACUCUCUCCCCGCGCUCCUGGGGGGCGGCCCGGCUGCCGGAGGCCGCCGCGGGGCCCGGCCUCAGCAUGAACCGCAGCCACCGGCACGGGGCGGGCAGCGGCUGCCUGGGCACCAUGGAGGUGAAGAGCAAGUUUGGAGCUGAAUUUCGUCGUUUUUCACUGGAAAGAUCAAAACCGGGAAAAUUUGAGGAGUUUUACGGAUUACUGCAACAUGUUCAUAAGAUCCCAAAUGUUGAUGUUUUAGUAGGCUACGCAGACAUCCAUGGAGACUUACUACCUAUAAAUAACGAUGAUAAUUAUCACAAAGCUGUUUCAACGGCCAAUCCACUGCUUAGGAUUUUUAUACAAAAAAAAGAAGAAGCAGACUACAGUGCCUUUGGUACAGACACACUAACAAAGAAGAAGAAUGUUUUAACCAAUGUAUUGCGUCCUGACAACCACAGGAAAAAGCCUCAUAUAGUCAUUAGUAUGCCCCAAGACUUCAGACCUGUGUCUUCCAUUAUAGACGUGGAUAUUCUCCCAGAAACGCAUCGUAGGGUCCGUCUGUACAAAUACGGCACUGAGAAACCCUUAGGAUUCUACAUCCGGGAUGGCUCCAGUGUCAGGGUCACGCCACAUGGCUUAGAGAAGGUCCCAGGGAUCUUUAUAUCCAGACUUGUCCCGGGAGGUCUGGCUCAAAGCACAGGACUGUUAGCCGUUAAUGAUGAAGUUUUAGAAGUUAACGGCAUAGAAGUUUCAGGGAAGAGUCUGGAUCAAGUAACGGAUAUGAUGAUUGCAAACAGCCGCAACCUCAUCAUAACAGUGAGACCAGCAAACCAGAGGAACAAUGUCGUUAGGAACAGUCGGACCUCCGGGAGCUCCGGCCAGUCUACUGAUAACAGCCUUCUCGGCUGUCCACAGCAGAUGGAACCCAGCUUUGAGCCAGAGGAUGAAGACAGUGAUGAAGAUGACAUUGUUAUUGAAGAUAAUGGAGUGCCACAGCAGAUUCCCAAAGCUGUUCCUAACACGGAGAGCUUAGAAUCAUUAACACAAAUGGAACUCAAUUUGGAGUCUGGACAGAAUGGUUUUAUUCCUUCUAAUGAAGUGAGCUUAACACCGGCAGCAAGUGGCACAAACACUGAAUUUGAAACGCGUGUUCCAAAUCAAAAACUCUUAGAAGAAGAUGGAACAAUCAUAACACUAUGAAACCACUAUCUGACUGUUUUCUGAGUGAAGAUGCCAUGGGAACCUAUACAUUCCGCUAGUUUAAAGCAUAUAUACCUCUGAACCAGUGACCUGGAAUGGGCAUGAGAAAAAAUGAUAUUGCAAGCUCAAAAUGUUAUUAAAAUAGUAGUUUGAUAAUUGCUAAUAUAAACUUUGGUGGGUCAGAGGUGAAUUUAAAUCUAAAACAAAAGGGGCCUUUGCUAAUGCGAUUAUGUGCUUUUGCUGUUUUGUCUACAGAUAACUGGAUGUUAGAGCACAUUCUAGAACUGUGUGAGAGGACUAGAUAAUUUCCGUUUGAAGUGGUUGCAUAUUUAACCUGCUGUGCAGAGCCCAGUUAAUUUUUCCUUUGUAUUUUUAAAAAUUCUAAUGUGAAAAAGUCUCAUUCUAACUUUUGGUACCUUGGGGACCUCAGCUCCUAUGUUCUCUGUAUUUUAUUUUGAUAUUUUAAUGUUCCUCUGUUGUGAAUUGUAACAGGCAAUGUUUCCAAGUGCUUUUUUUCCUAAUUUCUAAGAAAUCAAACUGAUUGUCUAUUUUUAGGAGUUGCUUCCUAUGUUAUAAGGCAUCAAAACUAUGUUCCUGAAUUAAGAAACUCUACCAGUUGUUCAGGUGCCUGCCUGUCCUUCCUAUAGUUUUCAUUCUCACAAACGCAUUCCAUGUGGGUGUAACUUACCCUGGAAAUGGCAAUGCCGCUGACUCUGGGCAUUGGGAGACUCUCCCUUAACCUCAACCUCUUCACCUCUUCUCACCCUCAUUCCUAAUCUCAUUGGAAAUUAUCCUUUUCUUGUGUGUGUUGUUGGUGUGCUUUUAUACCCUUUUAAUGUAUUCGAGAAGUGCAAAUCAUUUUGGAUUUUAAAAAAUGCACCCAAAUUCAGAGAUUUUUUACACACAGGACAAACUUGUGCACUUUUUAUAUGAACAACUUGGGUUUUCCUUCAUGGGAUUUCUAGGAACACUGCCUACACUUUAUGAAAAUUAUAUAGUAUUCACCUUUGACAGGUAGACUUUAUCACUAUUGAUUUUAUGAAGCUAUUUAUUACUUUCUAAUGCAUCCACUUAGAACAAGUUAAGUGUAAGGCUGCUAACUUCCAUUCCUUGCCUGAUUUCACUAUACAACGUGCACAAACACUACAGAAUGCUUGUAUAUAGAAACAAAGAAUAGUAUGAAAUACAUAAGUUCCCUGUGGCUUAUGGAUAUUACUGUCAGAGUUAUUUAUUGAUUAAUUUUAUGGUAGGGCUAGUAUGGAUACCUAUAACAAUUGUGUGCUAUUAAAACAAUGAAGAAUCAGAUGACUCCGUUUUGAAGGAUAUUUUCUCUAUAUGGUCAAAAUAUAUGAAGAAGUAAAGUCUUGAUUAAAUGAAGAUCACUUGACUCAGAAUACUUAAAUGUAUUUUGUUCACAUUACCACUAAACAUAUUGUCACUAAACUGUUAAUUGCACAAAUAUUAUGUAAUACAAUGUACUUUUUGUUGAAUUCACCGAAGUUCUUCCACUUACAUACCACUGUUUUAUAAUAGCAUUCCAGCUUUAACAUUCUGUGAGUUAUACAUUUGACUCUUGAAUGACAAAACAAUGAUAAUAUGUAUAAGGUUAAAUUUCAUUUAUAAGCGGUGCAGGGGUUCAACAUUUUAAGUAAAAAUACUUUCACACACUACCUCUCUCUCUCUUUUUUUUUUAACAAAGUUUUAACAUCAGAACUUUUCUUGUUGGGGGGAAUACUUCAGGGCUUGACUUUUUGUACAAAUUUUAACGACUUGUAUGUCUUCAUGAAAAUGGAAGUCAAAGCUUCUAAUGCUUCUUAUUUUAAUUAUCCUGCUAAAGAUACAUGUCAGUGGUGUCUUCAGCUAGAUCUCACUUAAAUUAUCGGUAAAAUAAUUGAUUACUAGAUGUAUUGUAAAACCAAUAGAUCUUGGUUAUACAAUAAAAUGUGGAUUCAUUGGUUGUCUGAAUCAGUUAUUUCAAGUGUAUCAUCGUUAACAAAAGUAUCAGUGGAUGCUGCAUAAAAUUUCCUAGUACUAAGUGUCAAGCCUAACUGUGAAUUUUGUUCUCUAUCUUUAAGUAAAUUUAUGCUAAUGUUCUCAUGUGCUAUCAACAAAAUGUAUGUACUUUUGUGAACUAUGAAUUUUCUAAUUAAAUUUUACAUAUGACAACAUGAUUUGUACAUGGAUGACACUGUUUAAACUAUCAAAUGUCAGUAUUUUACUACAAUUUUAUUAUAAAAUGUACAUUAUCAUUAACUGAACUUUGAUUUUAAAAUCAAAUUGGCUUUAGUUGUAUAUUAUUUUUUACAAAUAAAGAUAGACUUGUAUAAAGGCUA